ACUAAUUUAAUGUAAGAGAUGUUACGGAUUUGUAGUUAAUUCCCUUUCGCCAUUUCCUACCACUGAUAGAAAUGCGUGCACGUGCUCAGGUAGAGCAACGAAGCGUGCGUGCUCCGUGCAAGACAAACUCAAAGUGAGGAAAAAAUGUCCUCCCAGCUUGUCCACAAAACUCUAGUUGUGGGAGGAGGGAAGGAGAAAUCCGCAAGGAAAUGAAGGCAUCUUUCGUUUUGUGUGUCUGAUUGAUUGAUUGAAUACGAGAUGGAGAGAGAAUCUAUUUACGUAUGAAAACUGCUGAGACACAGAGUAGAGAGAAAGAGGCGGAGGAAGAAGGGAUGUUUUCUGGCUAAAGUGGUUGGCGACGAGGGCGCUGUAGUCGAGCCAAGUGACGGCGGCACGAGUCAGAAGCCGUGUGGCGCUCAAUGGGUUCGCACGCGUAGAGACAGCACGCCACAAUCUCUAUACACCUGACGCGGCACUAAGAAGAUGCAAGUCGACGCGGACUUCUAGAACUUGUCUUUAUUAUUUUUAUUUUUUAUUACGAAAUACUUUUUUCAUCAUUCCUAACCUACCUCAGUAACGGUUGCCUUACAAGUUGUUUGACAGACGGGGGAAAUAAACAGUGAUUUUAUUCUCCGUAUUUUUUAAUCUCGCCUUUUUACCGAGAGGAAAAACAAACAAAAAAAACUGUUUUGUGUUGUUAUUUUGGAGAAUUGUUGUGUAAUGGAUGGCAGAGCGGGUGUUGACUUGCCGCACGGCUGAAAUAACGGAAAAAUAAAGAAAUGGAUGCCGUGAAUGUGUCUCCAUUCUUCCCGCUUUUGUGGGCAAGCAAGUUCGGACCUCGGCUGCCCUGGCCGACCAACAUCGGCAAUAGGGGCACCAACGGAUCCUCUUCUUCGGCAGAUGACACUUCACCUCAUGAACACCCUGAUUCCGGGAUGAAUGGCGAUCUCUCGAACGACACCCAAGACAGCAGCACUAGUCAUGACUCGGUUGACCUCAGGCAAGAUGAAGACAGUGUCGAUUCAGAAAAAGCGCUUAAUCUGGCAAUGGACGAAGACGAUGAUGAGGAAGAUAACGAUGAACCGAUCGACGCAACGAUGCCGAAUCGGGGACUGGCGACCACCAACGGUCAGGCGUCCCGGUCAGCCGGACAAUCGCCGCACAACAAUUGCCAUCCGAGCUCCUCCAGCUCCAUGUCUUCGCCCUCGGCGAUCGUGACCACAACGGCCGCUGCACUCGCUGCUGCCGCUGGUUCCCUUUCACUCAAUCAACUGUUAGCAGCUGGUGCUCAAGGGCAACAACAAAUGUUAAUGCAAGCAGGGCUUGCUGCUCAGCAACUUGGGAAGCUACCUUUAAAUUCAGGGUUACCUGGUCUGCAACUAAAUCCUCAGGAUAUUCAACAGUUACAGCAGCAAUUGCAGCAAAGUAUGCAGCCGUUUGUGUUUCUGCAGCCUGGUCAGUUACCUGCAAAUAUGCAAGCUCAGCUGUUUCUCCAAAAUCAGGGCCUUCUGCAACAAGGGUUGAUGCAGCAGAGUCUUCAAAACCUCCAACUCCAAGCCAGCCAAGCUGCAGUUUCUCUACCUCAGGGAGUCUUGUCUUCUCAAGCAGCUGCCACUGUGGCUGCAGCUGCAGCAGUCCAGCAGCAGUUCCAGCAACAAAUGCAGCAACAGUCACAUCAUCAUCAACAGUCACAGUCUCAACAACAGCCACGACCUCAAGCGCCUCCACAGCCACCUCCACCACCUCUACCUCCUACCUCUUUACAGUCAUCCCAACCAGUUAUCAUUACUCAGGCACAAAUGCCUCCAGCACAGAAGAGUCCAGUUCACCAAUCAAAACCUCGACCUACUGAACCAAGUCCUGAAGAAAUGACGGAUUUGGAGGAGCUUGAACAAUUCGCUAAAACUUUUAAACAGAGAAGAAUCAAACUAGGCUUUACACAAGGAGAUGUGGGAUUGGCGAUGGGCAAACUGUAUGGCAAUGACUUCAGCCAAACCACAAUUUCCAGAUUUGAAGCCCUUAACCUCAGCUUCAAGAACAUGUGUAAACUAAAGCCUUUAUUGCAAAGGUGGCUGGAGGAUGCAGAUGCCUCCAUGAACAACCCAGCUGCCCUAACCAAUGCACACACAACUCCCGAGUCCAUAGGCCGGAGGCGAAAGAAGCGCACCAGCAUCGAAACGACGGUCCGGCUAGCCUUGGAGAAGGCCUUUCUGCAGAAUCCCAAACCUACCUCCGAGGAGAUCUCCAUACUGGCCGAAUCGCUGACCAUGGAGAAGGAGGUGGUGAGGGUCUGGUUCUGCAAUAGGCGGCAGAAGGAGAAGCGGAUCAACCCUCCGACCAGCUGUUCCAUGUCCUGUCCUCCAUCGCUGGUGUCACCAGUUACUCCACCUAGCAUGGUCAUGCCCAUGGCCCUAGGUGUGUCAGCUACUACUGCUACCUCUCUCGGUGUCGGUACGCCACCUCCUCCUCGCUCUCCCGGCGAACCUGUCACCGCAACAGACCUCUCCACUACAUCCAUGUUGGCCCAUACGCCCACCGGCACCGCUCAACAAGCUACCUCAAUGACGACAAAUGUAUCGAGAGCCUCCGCCAUUGUAUCGCCGACGAUCAAGAACGAGUACUAGAACCACCGUUCUUCCUACACUGCAACAGUUCCUAAAACAAAGAUUAAUUCAUAUCACUGUUACUGUUUGUCAAAAAAAAAAACUAUUACUCUAGGCAACAUGUUGCCAGAUUUAUAUAUGGACGCUGCGAAAGAACAGUGCGCAAAAUGUGGCUGCGACUUCAGAAGAAUAUUACCUCAUUGGAACUUUAUAUUUUGAACAUAAUGUGGCAUUAGCCAUCUUUCUAGGGCAGGGAUUAAUGAUGUACAGUGUUACUAUCAACACUAUCUACGUCUGCAGUGUCUCAGGGAACUCACCAAUCUUUUCGUAUUGUUUAUUAUUAUUUUUUGUCCUUCCACUCAGGCUAAUUGUCUCCUGUGUUCAUCCAGCAGGACAAUUUUCCUGAGUUAACAGUGUCCAUGUGUCACCUUACCUUUUUAGCUCUAGAUUUAAUCAUAAUGUUGGCCAUUUCUCAUUGCCGUGGCCGGAGGUAAAAUAAAAAAAACCAUGGCGCUUGGGAAAAACAACAACCAUACGAAUAAAAGACAGGGAAAAACGAAUAAGAACCUUUUUCUACUUCCAGAUUGCUCAUGCAAAUCGCCGUAGAACACGCCGCUUCUUACUUAGAUAACUAUCUCAAUUCACAUUUCUACAUAAAAAAAUGUAUAUUUGUAAUUUUAUGAAAUUAGAUCGCGGUUUUAGCCUUUCUGUAUUAUAAAUUUGUAAAGUCAGUGCCAUUCUCAUAAAAAAAAAUAUAAAAACUCAAAGAAACGACAAAACAAACAAAAGUUUUUGAAACACUUGUUAGUGAAUAUAUUAAGUUUAUAAAACUUUGUAAGUACAAAUAAAGACUCUAAAAAAAACGAAACAUAAACUUUAUCAAGAAAUAUAUAUUUAAUAUUUUGAUAAAUAAACCUUUCUCUUCUUCCCCGUUAUUUUGAAGCCGCUAGAGUUCUGCGCGUUCUAUGGUGAUUAACUCCAAACAAUGUAAUCCAAGCGCCAAUAAGAGGUUUGGCAAGAGAACGCUAGUAACUUAUUUGCCGCUUCCCAACUGGCUCUUCCUAGUUCCUUUUUUGUCACUUGUUGUACUGUACAUAACUGCUGCUAUGUUUAUUAGCAGGGAAAUGUAGUUCUGUAGUUUGUGGUGUUUUUUAUACCGACGUCUUCAAAGCAGCCCGCUUAGGUGCGCAGAACCAUGAUUGGGUUUCUCUUUCAAAGAACUCAGUCAUGGUACUGCAAAUGGAGUUUGAAACAAAAAGUGGCAAUUUGUAUUUAGGAAAUGAACCAUCGCUUGCAAUGGAUAAUCCUGUUCUGGUACAUGGGGCUCUACAAUCUCAGGGUAAAAGCAAGCCAGGAAGAAAGGGACUUCGGGAACUUUUAAAUGUCAACCGACUAUUGGCUUUUCAUAUUCGAUUUUUUUUUCACUUAAUAAUAGUUUUGAACCACUUUUUUCAUCUUGCCGACAAUCAUGCUUGUAGAAUUGCGUCACAAAUUUUUCUCUUCGAAAUACCCAUGCACAUCGAAUGACAUCAUCACCUUUUAGCAGAGUUUUGCCACCAAUUUUACCCUUUGAAAUUGCCAUGCUCAUAUAAUUUCAUUUUAAUUUUUCACUUUGAAUAUGUUAAGACCUUUCUGCUCUUGUAUGAGCAAACAAAACAAUGAUGUGUACAUGAUUUCUCCUAAAGAGAAAGAUGCUGACAAAAAUCUAUUCACAAGAUCAUCAGUAAAGUGAUAUAUAGGGAUAGAAUUCUUUGUGUAAUACCAUCUCUGAAGAGAAAAAAUGUAUAAGAAUUCUUUUUGCAUGACCAUCUCCGAAAGCAAAAAUUGUAACUGAGUUCUUUGGCCAUGAUCAUCUUCUAAGGCAAAAAUUGUGACAGAAUUCUUCGUACAUGACCAUCUGUAAAGGCAUAAAUUGCAACUGCAUUCUUUGCCCAUGACCAUCAUCUAAGGCAAAAAUAGUGUCUGAAUUCGUUGUGCAUGACCAUCUCUGAAAGGGAAAGGGUUACGUAUUUCUAUAUGCCUGAAUGUCAGCAGAUUAAACUAGCGAUGAAUUUAUAUAAUAACAUUAAAAUUUAAUUUUAUCCCUUCAGAUAAGAAAAAACAACCGAGGUCCCUAACUUUCCCAAAACGAAUAUACCUCAUUCUUAGCUUAGAAGUUCAAACAAAUAGUCUCUUCUACCGUAGCGUUUUCUCUCCCAACACUCGUUUUUGAUGUGCACCUAGAGGGCCGCUGCCUAAGGGCCGGCCACAAAUGCGUCAUCAGCCGGUCCGUCUGGGCAAUGACACCUCCUUCCUUCACUUCAUCGUCACUCAUUCUUUCAUCAUUGCAAGCAAUUGAAAUCAAAAAAAGCAGCUCAGGCAAUGUUAUGCACACAAGUUGGUUGUAUAACAGAAAAAAAAUAAUAAAAUAAAAUUAGUGUGGCUUAGUGAAUACUGUAUUCUGAACAAAUGCAACUAAGCAGCUUCCUAGACCAAAGUUCACUUUUCCUACUAUAGAUGCUUCGAGAUUCACUUUGAAAAAUUCUUUUGAAAUAUUAUUUGAUAACUUUAUACGGUACGUAAAUUCGCUUAAUUUGGCUGGCACUUGGAUCUGACAGCAUUAAUUAUUAAAUUUUGCCCGGUGGAGAAAUGGCAAACUGUAAAAUCAACUGUAGUUUAUGCUUUUUAAAAGCAAAUAGUUCUUGCCUUUUUUUUUUCCUUUUGAAAAUUCACUGUAUAUACUUUUUUUUUGUACAUUCAAGGCAAUGAAGUACUAUCAUUUCUAAUAUGUCUUGUAUGUAUUGAUUUUUAUUACUUACAUUUUGUUUCAUUGCCAGACCAGUGGCCAAGCUGAAGUAUCAAAUUAUCAUAGAAACUGAACGCGUAUAAUUUUCUUUUCAAUUGCUUGUUGCUAUGAUUCUUAAAUUAUUAUAAGUUCAGAGAAUGAAAGUAUAAUUUUUUAAUGAAUAACUAUGAAAUACACUUAUCAACGAUAGUUCCUCGGCGUCCGCCCAGCUGUUUAAAGUUCCUCAAGAUAUUUGGAAGCCGCAUCAAAUAUAUGAAAAGUUUUAUGUAAUUGUAUAAAUGAGUAUGCAUUAGCAACCUAUGAGCUGUAACAAUAUAUAAGAAUAUAUUCAGAACUCGAAUGUUGAUUACUUGAAAAUCAUACAAAAUAAAAUUAAAAAAUAACUUAUGUCUCAGCAGAAAUACUAAAUAAAAAAAUGCAAUUCUAAUAUGGUUUAAAAUAUUCAUAAAUAAGUUUAAGUACAUUUAUUAUGUACAAUUAUUUAUAAUGCACUUAAAAAAAAAUUAUUAUGAUUAAGUACAAUUAUUUAUUAUGCACUUGCUUAAAUACAGAUCAAUUAAGUUUUUGUAAAAUGUAUCUGAAUUAAGUUAUAAAGUUCUAUCUGAGUUAAUGUAACUAAGUUAAGUUCUAUUAUCUGAUUCAUGAUUUCUGUAAAUAAUUUUGUCCCUAAAUUAUUCAUC